AUGGGUUCGUGCGUCUCCCGCUCUGGUACCGCGGCGACGUCAACGGCGGCGGAGUCCGUGUCCGUGUCCGUGCACGCGCUCACGGCCAAGGUCGUGGACCUCGACGGCUCCAUGGCGCAGUUCGCGGCGCCCGUCACGGCGCACGAGGCCCUCACCGCCACCGCCACCGCCGGCGGGGGCGGAGCAGCGCCGCCGUCGUCGCCGCCGCGCUUCCUCUGCUGCUCCGACGCGCUGGACUUCGACGUGCCCGUCACCGCGCUGGCCGCGCACGACGCGCUCCGUCCCGGGCAGCUCUACUUCGCCCUGCCAAUGGCCAUGCUCGGCCGGCCGCUGUCCGCGCAGGACAUGGCCGCGCUCGCCGUCAAGGCCUGCGCGGCUAUUGGGACAGCACAGGUCGUCGCCACCGCGGACGUGGCCGCGGCAGCCGGCAGCGUGCCGUCGUCGGCUCUGGACAGAAGCGAGGGCGCCGGUGCGGCCAGCAGCAGGCAGCAGAGGUGGCAGGCCACGGGACAAGUGGCGCCAGUAGUCGUCGUCGUGAGCGCAGACGCGCACGGCGAAUGGAAGAGCUACCCCGUGCGCGGCGGGUACACGGACGCGCGCAAGGCGGCGCGUGGCGGCGGCGGCGAGACGGUGGGGAAGGCGAGGAACGGAGUUGGCUACAAGCAGCGUGUCGCCCGUGAUCUUGCACCCGUGCAGAGGCCAAGUGUGAUCGUGGAAGCAGCUAGCGAGUGA